UAAAACGUCACACCCUCCAAGCGACCUAUCAACGGAUUCUAGAAUUCACGAGGCUGGCCGCGGUCAGGACUGCUGACGUAAUCGGAAGAGAUCCACGUUCUGCCGAACUGCGGGAGGGAACGCUUGGCGUGGCCGGACAACAGCAUCAGUACCGACUGACCAAGAUGGCGUCACUCAGGAUAUACAGCCUCGGAGCCAUGCUGGUGAUAGCUGGACUCAGUUUACCAGCUGAGGCGAGAAAGUGCUACCAGUGUGUUGGUCUGGGAGGCAAGGUGAAGGGAAACAGUCCCUGUAUAGGGAACUACAUGGACACGGGAGUAGGGGAGUGUCCCGUCACCCAUGACUACUGCUACAUCGUCCAGACUUCAAGCGGAUUAUCAACCAUUGCUGUGGACAGAGGCUGCGCUAACGAGACGAAGGCGAGCUACUGUAAUAGCCAAGGCGGACAGUCAGUCUGCUACUCCUGGUGCAACAGUGACAGCUGCAACAGCGCCGCCGGCAUAACGCCUGGGUUCCUGGCUAUCCUUCUUCCAACGAUCGCCUGUAUGGUGCUAACCUUGACAGGCCUGUGAGCCGGUUCUUUCUGUUGUAUCUGUAUAUCUAUAUCAUUAUAACAUGUAUGCUGACUGUUUCGUUUAGACUUAUCAGUACAUGUCAGAAAUAAGUAAUUAUUGGUUUCUUGUUUCUCUUUCUUGGUUUCGUUAUAGAAAGGCGUCGAUGUACUAGUAUACCGAGAAUUCACGUCAGUUACGUAUAGGUUGUGCUUACAUAGUCCAUGAGAAUUACGUGCUGUUAGACAGUUGCGUCUGCUGCUUUCGUGUAGCACUACUUAGCGUUUAGCACCAUAAUUGCAGGGACUAGCUUACUGAGGUUGAAACUACAUGUAUGUAACGUUAUACAUGUAUAACGUGUGAAAAGUGUUCUUAGAUGUAACGUAGAAGACCUGUAAGGUGUAAGGCCGGCACGGUGCAAUUCAGGGGAAAAUCAUCAAUGUAUUGAGCACCGAAUAUGAUAUAUGGGCACAGCAUUGGGUUUCUAAACACUUACAUGUACUGAAAAACGUAAAAUUCUGCCGUUUGAAUUUGCUGAGAACAUUUUUAUGGUUCAGACAUUUAGGUUUAUUAUAGUGAAAAAUUCAUGAAAGUCGUACACCUCUCUCAAUUUGAUUAUGGUGACAUUCUAACAAGUCCUUUGAACAAGAAAAGUGUUGAUGUGCAAAGUUCUGCCAUGGCAUGAUACUGAUAAUGCCGUCAUAAAAUGUUCCAUUGGUGAUUUACAUAUUCCAGUACUUUUGUCGCGAAUAUAUGUAAUUCUCGCGGCAGCAAAAAAACAAAAACGCGCCUUAAUCCCCAGAAUUCCCUGUGAUGGCCUUACCAUGAAUUGUUCUUAGUACAUCUAGCACAAAAAAAGUUUGAAAACUUACUUUCAGUUCAUUUUAUCUCUAUCGGUGCUUUAUCAAUUGCAUUGUAUCGUAAACCAUAAGAAAUCUUAUUUGUCAUCCAUUAUAAUGGUACCUUAUUUAAUGUGAUAGUAUAUCUUAAAUCAAGCACCAGGGCUAUCUAUGUAAGUGCGUCGCAAGAAAUUAUUUCGGAAAAAAUCAAGUUUUCAAACUUUGUGUUAGGUUUAUAUGUAUGAUAUAUACACAUUAUACUUCGUCAAACCAUUGUCAAUUGAUUGUUGGUGUAACUGUUAGAAUAGCCUGACUAAAUCGCUCUUCUAGUAGCCCUUUCACUGGUCAGGCGCUCAGAAGCUGGAUGACCAACACCUCUACUACAGGAGAAAUUUUAACCCUGUUGAUUCAUGCAUGUGUUAUAACACGGACCAAUCAUUGUCCGGUACCAUGGCCAUGGUGUUGGGCGAUUGGUGACUGGUUUCUAUGGCGACAGACAAAUCCCAAGCCCCCAUUGGACCGCUUUAUACAGCAAAAACGAAUUCUGGGCUCCCAUUGGUGACUCAAGGAAAAGUUUCUCUUGGGUUAUAGAGGUGGAUGGUCACAAGCUCCUCAGGAAGGAGGCCCCACUCAUACCCUGACAGCCGGAGACCAGGCUACUGAUAGAACAGCUCUCUCUUUCUCUCUAUCUUGGUGUAGAUUAUACAUCAUUAGAUUAUACGUUAUACAUUUAUUAGGUAAAAUCAACUAUACAUAGUUUACAAGACCUAAAGUUCUAAUAGAUAUCUUUUUGAAAGAACGUCUUUCCCAUGGAAUCGAUACGUUCAUGUCCGAUAGUGGUGGAGAAAUGUAAGUACAUUGUAUUUUGGAUCAUGUAUAGAUGAGUGUUUGUUGUAUAGGUUUGGAUGUUAUCUUGCGGUUUCGAUGUUGUGACUGAAUCAAUUCUUGUCAUUAAAUCCAAGCCGUUUAGAGCAUAAAUAAACUAUGUCAUCAUCGCUA